AUUUUAUAAAUAUUUUAUAAAUAUUUUGUGCUAUCUGGGAUAUGAUACGUAUCAAUUAAUAAUCUUGUCCAAUAUCUUGAUUAGUCUGUGGGUUGACUGUCUUUGUUACUUUUGCGCGUCCUAAAGACCCAAUGACCCGAGAUAUCUCGACCUUGUCCACCAUAUAAGGUUGCUCGCGCCAAGGUCUCGAAAGACUCGCGUAAGGACUUCGAGUCGCGCGCUGUUACAUCGAGUCAUUGGUGAGUUGUUCUUAGCGAACGUUUCGCAAUGUGUGUCUUCGCGCGCGGGUUAUCACUGUGAUUGAAACGACCCAUGAUGACGGGACACGUCAUUUUGAUCCGUCACGGAUGAGUAAACGAGAUAUAAAUCACAUAUCAAGAAUUCAAGAUAUACGGCAGUUUCGGGAUACAAACGGAAUAUUUUAGGAAUAUCUAAGGUUAGCUGGGAUAGCCAAAUCAUCACGAGCAAGUUGCGAGUUGCGAGUUCCGUGAGUUUGUAGCAGGUAACCUAAAAAGAUAUCCGUGUGCUGUCUGGGAUGAUACGGAGCAACCCCUCGGGGGAGCUUUUGGUUUUUCGCCAGUACGGACAAUUUCUACCGGCCCUGACGCUUUAGCGGCGAGCGGGAGAGACGUAGUGUCGCGCUCCUCCUCGAGCUCCUCUAUGCCAUCACUCAGCAUGGUGCCGCUGUUGGCGAAACAGUUGCCGGACUUUGAUGGAAGCGAGGAUGAAAAUGUGGACAUAUGGAUCCAACAAGUAAAUCAGAUGGCCCGGAUACACAGAGUGCCGGACGAUCUCACUCCUUUCCACUCCUGGCGGCAGCCAGCACAUUGAGAAAAGAGGCAAAGAAAUGGUAUCUCUCCCAGCCAGGAAGGAGGGCAGAGACAUGGACGGAGCUACAAGCAGUGAUGAGGAAAACGUCCGCGAGUAAAAUUCCUUUUACCGUGUUAAUGCAAAGGGUGGAAGCGCGGAAAUGCAAUGCUACGCAAGAAUCAUUUCGGAGCUACGCGAUUGACAAGCUGUCCUUGCUGCAUAACAUGAAUUUACCGACGGAAGACGUACUUAAUCUUCUGAUCGGAGGGAUUACGUUUCACUCGUUAAGGGUAGCCGCAGCGGCUUUGAAGACGAAAACCGUUGAGGAAUUUAUCGAAGAAAUGCGGCAUAUCACAGCGACAGCGGAUGUGACUAGAAGAAUAACAGGUGCAACUGACAGAAACGUGAAGAAUCAGGAACACUGCAAGAAAUGCGGCCGGAGGGGUCACGUAUCAAAAGACUGCAGGAGCAUUGAUAGAAGUAAAGCUAAAGGUGAAAAUAAAAAGGACGUUAAAUUAACAGACAUUACCUGCUAUCAGUGUAGAAAGACAGCACACUAUAAGUCGGAGUGCCUUCAACUCCAGACGAAACUAGGCGUUAAGACAGAGGCAGCGUCACAAGCAAAGGUAUCAGCAGUGGAGGUAGGCGAAUCAUCUCAUGAAGAGGAUGAGGAGUCAAAGGGAGAGGCAGUGCAGCCAGUAGCAGCGGUCCAGGAGCGAGAGAAACAGCUUACGACCUGCAACAAUCCGAUUAACGUAACUUUAAUAAGUAAUGUAAAGUGUAAUAUAAGCGCGUUAAUUGAUACGGAUAGCCCCGUCUCUUUCGUGCGGGAAGAUAUUUUCCGGAAGUUUGUAUCGCGAGAUCGAGCCACGAUAAUUAGUUCUAAGCGGAAGUUCACGGCGUUGAACAAUCUGCCGAUCGAUACGUGCGGCGUAGUUAAAACACGAAUUGAGUUCGAGCAAUGGCCUGGUCAAUUAUUCAAUAUUGAAUUGCAAAUUUUUAAGGGCAAGGAAUUCACGAAUGCUAUCAUCAUUGGACGUGAUUUCUUGCGAAAAGAGAAAAUAACCAUUGUAUACAAACCACAUCUAGCUGAGAGCGAGGAGCAAUUACAGUUGUUGUCAAAAUUCAAUGUUUGCGAGGUUUCUAAAAGCCUGGCAUCGAAGGUUGACGACUAGCAUAUAGAUUUCGACGAUAAUAGUAAAGCGAAAUUAAAAGAGUUAAUUUUAGAGAUCGAAAAUUUGGAUAUUUCGGAAACAGAAGACGAUUAUUUCGUGCGAGUAAAUUUGCGAGAUAAAUCUACGUAUGCGUAUGCGCCGCGAAGGUUCGCGUGGGAACAGCGGAAACAGAUUAGAACUAUUGUAGAUGAUUUACUUGAUAAAAAUAUUAUACGACCCAGUAAUUCACCGUAUUGUGCGCGGGUGGUCCCGGUACAAAAACGUAAUGGAACGGUACGACUUUGCGUCGAUCUUAGGCCGUUAAAUUCAAGAGUUUCAAAACAAUAUUAUCCGUUCCCCUUAAUAGAAGAAUGCCUGCUUCGCCUUGGGAACAAGAGGGUAUUUACCCUGAUAGAUCUGAAGGACGGAUUUCAUCAGAUCAAGGUACACCCGGAUGACACCAAAUAUUUUGCGUUUGCGACCCCGGAUGGGCAAUAUGAGUACACGAGGCUUCCGUUUUGUGAGUCACCGGCCGAGUUUCAAAAGAGGUUCAUAAAUAUUCUUCAACCGCUCAUACGGAAGGAUAAAGUCAUUGUGUACAUUGAUGAUAUUAUGAUUGCUUCAAACACAGUUGAAGAGAACCUCGCUACCUUAAAAGAAACGUUGUUGAUAUUGAAGAAAUAUAAUUUCGAACUUAACUACGAGAAAAGCCAAUUUUUGCGAAAACAAAUUCAGUAUUUGGGAUAUUCUAUCUUGGAAAAGGGAAGCCCUCAUCAUACAGAGGCUAUUAGAAAUUUUCCAGUGUCCAGAAACGUUAUCGAAGUUCAACAAUUUUUAGGUUUAACGGAUAGAAAAUUUAUUCGAAACUACGCGGAGAAAGCGUGACCUCUUUAUAAUUUAACCAAAAAGUCUAAAGAGUUUCAAUUUGAUAAAGCAUGCUUGGAGACAUUCUAAAUGCUUAAGAAAGAAUUGAUAACGUAUCCGGUAUUGGGUGUAUAUAACCCCGACGCGGAAACGGAACUACACACGGACGCGAGCUCGCAGGGUCUCGCAGCAAUUCUUAUGCAACGGCAGAGCACUGGGCCCCGGUAGCCUUCCAGACAACACGCAUGUCUAAAAGACAUCUUUAAGACGUCUUAAAAGCGACAUCUUUGAGACUUUACCAAAAGACGUCUUUAUGACGUCUUAAAAUCGUCUUAUUUUAGACGUCUCUCUUAAGACGUCUAAAGUACGUCUUUUUUUAAGACAUCUUAUUUGAGACGCCAUUUAAACGUCUUUACGACGUCUUAAAAAAACGUUUUUAAGACGUCGAAUGACGCACAUAACCAAAUCUGCCGUAGUGCCGUGUGAUGCGAUCAAGUUGAUCGACGUGCUUAUCCCGUAUCAAUUUUUUGAACUCUCGCACGUAUCGCGUGUGUAUUAGGACGUUUUGUCCCGGUUUGCUGUGUAAUGCAGCCGAAUGUGUACGUUAAUAAAACACAAUUUUUUAACUCUCAUACGUAUCGCGUGUGUAGACUGUUAUUGGAAAUAAUUAACCUUUCUGACAACGUUUCUGACAACAGUUUGACAAUUAAUAAACCGGAUGAUAAUAGUGUUGCGCUUAAGUGCUGUAAAAUGUGACUGAAUCCAGUAUCUCUGUAAAAUUCUGUAAUUUCCAAUCACGAAAACAUGAAAUAAAAUUGAAAUAUAUA